AUUUUGAAACACAGGAUAGCCAUAGACAUUUUUUUUAUAUUUUAAGUGUGGCAACAUUAAAAGUGGAUCCGGUAGCCAUUUUGUUUUAAAAAGAUAGCCUUUUCCGUUUCGUUGUCGUGAAAAAUGACGGGCUUUAGUAAUAAGGCCAUCGUGAUCGAUGGCCGCGGCCAUCUGCUGGGCCGCCUGGCCGCCAUCAUCGCCAAGGUGCUGCUGGAGGGCAACAAAGUCGUCGUCGUGCGAUGUGAGCAACUCAACAUUUCCGGCAACUUCUUCAGGAACAAGCUGAAGUUCAUGUCUUUCCUCCGCAAGAGGUGUAACGUGAACCCGGCCCGAGGACCGUUCCACUUCAGAGCCCCCUCCAAGAUCUUGUGGAAGACUGUCCGAGGCAUGAUCCCCCACAAGACUGAGCGCGGGAAGGAUGCCCUGAGGAGGCUGCGUGCCUACGACGGGUGCCCGCCUCCGUUCGACGCGCGCCGCCGCGUGGUCGUGCCCGCCGCCCUCCGCGUCUUCUGCUUGAAGCCCGGACGCAAGUACUGCCACGUUGGCCGCCUGUCGCACGAGGUCGGCUGGAAGUACCGUGAGGUGGUGCGCAAGCUCGAGGACAAGAGGAAGUUCAAGGCCAUCCACAGAGUCGCCUACGAGAGGAAGCUCAAGUCACUGACAAAGGCCGCCGGACUGAAGGUAGCGAAAUCAACAGCUCCGUUCAACGCUACUAUCCAAUCCUACGGAUACAACUAGGAUUAAGAUAUCUUAAUAAAAAUAAACCAUUGGUUGCCCAAA